AGACUGUUCAGAUUACUGUGACAUUAUAAUCAUCUUGAUAACUGUAUCGUGAAUUCUCCAACUAUGUUCUUCGCCGAAAGUCCACGGAACACCAACCACGACCUUCGGAAUUUCUCUCCGGAAGAUGAAGGCACUGUAGUUAUGCAGGUGGACCCUGUUCAGAUCUCGGGUCUAGCGGGUCCUACGUACACCUCGAGGGACGCCCGCCCAACGUGCAUGCGCAGCCUCAUCGCUGGGAUUGGACGGAGCCUCGCCGGCUGCGUUCACGUCAUUUCCGAGGCGGGAGGAUGGAUUGACUAUGGUCUCUCCGGCAACCAGGAAGAAUCUGCCAAAGGCGAGGGCCAUGGACUUCAUCACCUCCACAGCCAUCCUGCCCCUGCUGUUCGGCUGCCUGGGCGUCUUCGGCCUCUUCCGGCUGCUGCAGUGGGUGCGCGGGAAGGCCUACCUGCGGAAUGCUGUGGUGGUGAUCACAGGCGCCACCUCAGGGCUGGGCAAAGAAUGUGCAAAAGUCUUCUAUGCUGCUGGUGCUAAGCUGGUGCUCUGUGGCCGGAAUAGUGGGGCCCUCGAAGAGCUCAUCAGAGAACUCACCGCUUCUCAUGCCACCAAGGUGCAGACAUACAAGCCUUACUUGGUGACCUUCGACCUCACAGACCCUGGGGCCAUAGUUGCAGCAGCAGCUGAGAUCCUGCAGUGCUUUGGCUAUGUGGACAUACUUGUCAACAAUGCUGGGAUCAGCUACCGUGGUACUAUCAUGGACACCACAGUGGAUGUGGACAAGAGGGUCAUGGAGACAAACUAUUUUGGCCCAGUUGCUCUAACGAAAGCACUUCUGCCCUCCAUGAUCAAGAGGAGGCAAGGCCACAUUGUCGCCAUCAGCAGCAUCCAGGGCAAGAUCAGCAUUCCUUUUCGAUCAGCAUACGCAGCCUCCAAGCACGCAACCCAGGCUUUCUUUGACUGUCUGCGGGCCGAGAUGGAACAGUAUGAAAUUGAGGUGACCGUCAUCAGCCCCGGCUACAUCCACACCAACCUCUCCGUCAAUGCCAUCACCGCGGAUGGAUCUAGGUAUGGAGUUAUGGACACCACCACAGCCCAGGGCCGAAGCCCUGUGGAGGUGGCCCACGAUGUUCUUGCUGCUGUGGGGAAGAAGAAGAAAGAUGUGAUCCUGGCUGACUUACUGCCUUCCUUGGCCAUUUAUCUUCGAACUCUGGCUCCUGGGCUCUUCUUCAGCCUCAUGGCCUCCAGGGCCAGAAAAGAGCGGAAAUCCAAGAACUCCUAGUACUCCGACCAGCCAGAGCCAGGGCAGAGAAGCAGCACUCUUACACUUGGUUACGCUACAAGGGACAGUUGUAUUUGUUGAGACUGUAAUGGAGAUUUGUCUCACAAAUGGGAAAGACUGAAGAAACACGUCUCACGCAGAUCUGCUGGCAGAGGAAGAGAACCAAAAACAGCAACAAGCUUCUUCCCAGGGUGAGGGGAAACACUUCAGGAAUAAACAUGGAGCUGGGAUUUAACCCUAAAAAUAAGAAAUAAACAUCUCAAACAGUAA